AAAAAAAAACAAAAACCAAAAGUUCGCACCGUGACACUCAGUUCUGCGCCGCCUCGAGUUGCAGCGCGCGCGUUUCUAGUUCAGAUGCUGAAGGGCGAACAGCAGCCACACGACCAAAUCCACCGACAGUAGGCCUAUUUGCUCACAUUUCCAUCUGUAUUUUUUUUUUAUUGUACCUAUUUGCGAUCUUAUCACUAAUUUUAUAGAGCGUAAUAAAAACGAAACGCGUGGUGUGUCUCUGGACAAACCUAAUCGUAUCACAGCACAGCAGUAGCGCGGCGUGGCGCUGGGACUCAGCAGACACAGUCACGCGAGAUGCGUCACGGGAAGCGAACACGCGUGGAAGGCGCAUGGAAACCGUCCUCACCGCCUUGAAGGAUUUAUCCAUUCUGAAUGCAUUUUUUUCACCUUGGAGUAACACACGGGGUAUUAGUGUAAACUAUAUAUCCCAUAGUGAUAUCCAGACUACCCGGUGGCCUGUAUUUCUGACUAAAGGCUGUGCUUUCUUCUUGCACUAGCCGGUAAUUGUGAUCUGUGGAAUUAUAACAACGGACGCAACCUCCUCGGUGUGCUCGGUGACUGGACAAUCAUUUGGAUCGCUUAUGAUCGCUGACUGGAUGUCGCCAAGACAUGGGACUAGUUUGUAUGACAAAGAGCCGAUGGGCAUCCGCGUGUCUCUAACGGUUAAUUAAAUCUCCUGUGGGAAAAGAGGAUGAGGAUCUGUUCAAUCCUGCUGUGUAAACGUCCAACAAUGAUUUUGUAAAAUUCAGAAAGGAUAAAAGUAACUAGGAGUGCAUUUAAGGAACCGAGGAUCGGGCUAUAUAAUUUAGAGAACUAUUUUGGACUUACUUGGCGAACAGCAACAAUGGGCACAAGGCUACAAGUUAUUUUCGGCAUGUUUCAGUUCGUCUCACUCGCCAGAAUGCCAACGCACUGUGCCAGGGCACCGCUAGCUCAAUGGCAGCCCACUAAGAGUCACGAAUCGGGACAAGUGGUUAGAUGGAUGGAUGUGUACGAGAGGAGCAGCUGCCAGCCGAGAGAGACGUUGGUGGAGGUGUGGCAGGAGUUCCCUUGGGAGACACAUCACCUCUUCUUACCAUCGUGUGUGUCAGUGAGGCGCUGUGGUGGCUGCUGUGGUGACGAGGCUCUUGAAUGUGUGCCCUCACACACGGAUAUUCUCACGAUGGAGCUUAUGAAAACUACAUACAUGAAGCAUGAACUGGUGCAGUUACCCUUCGUAGAACAUAGGCAGUGUGAGUGCAGGCCAAAAGCAGAUCUUCACACAGAGCCAACCAGGCAAGACCCACGACCAACGCGGAAAGGGAGGAAAAGGGAGAGGGGAAAACCAAAGCGAAAGAAACAUGUCAGAAUAAAACCGACGACUCCAGCACCUACAACACCUGCACCUCCUGCUCUCCCAACUAGCAUCUUCCGUUCUCACCCUGCCGAAGAGCAAUGUCCACCCUGCCCGAUGCGCAGAAUGACAUCAGAGCCACCGAUGUGCGAGUGUGUAUGCAGUCUAAGGGAGAUGAGCUGCACGAAGAGAGGCAAACAGCUCAACCAGCACAGCUGCAGAUGUGAAAGAGUAUAAUGAAAUGAGGGUCCUUUCUUCCUUCUCUGGUUACAAGCACUGUAACUUCAUCCAUCUUUCGAGACGGUGUUUUUAUCGUGGAGUCGUAGAGCAGGAGUCACCUCAACAAGAGUAGCAGAACCUCCUGCCUCCCUGCUACCCACCUCUUCACCUUUAGUGCAGUAUUAGAUGCAUGUAUUCAGCUCGGUAUCCGUGUCCCAGUAUUGGUGUGUGUAUACCGUGUGUCUCCAGAUUUUCAUCACUAUACCCCUGAAGCAUCAUGCUGCAAUGGUUUGGAUAGCCAAUCAUGCAUAGUAGCACAAGCUGCUAGUGGAGUCACAGGAAAGGCAUGUUGUAUUCAAGUGGAUUGGAUUGUUGUGCUAAUUCAUGCUAAUACACAAAAUCUUAAUAGAUCCAUCACCCCACAAGACAUUUGAAAAAAUGUCACUGGUUGGAAAGACUUCACUCAUAUGACUGUUUUUGACUGAUCUGGAAGCUGGAAUUCACAGUUUUAUUGAUGUUCAAAUAGCUGGGGUUAUCUUUUUUUUUAAAGAAACCCCAAAACUUUGCCAAAAAAAACCCAGUGACCUAAAUUAGGUUGCAGGACAUUCAAUCGUUAGGACAUUUCCCAUCUGUUCUGGGUAUAUAUAUGUGCUGUGACUGAUAGAGAGACUGGUAUUGAGAUGUGCUGAAUGGAUAGAUGGGUGCUGUGUGGUCUGAGUAUAGAAAGAUAAGGAUCUCUGUGACAGGCCUGAUUUAUUCUCAGCCUCCAUAAGCCCAUCACGUGGCCUCCAGGACUGUAUCAAUGAGUCUUAUUGUGUUUGUUUGAUUUGCUUUUUGUCUGGAGCUUUCCUUUGGGAAUAAAUGAGACUUUCCCUCAGGCCAGGCAGUGAGGGGAAUGUCAAUAGUAAAGAAACCUGGCUAUAUUCCACUGCUGAUUCCAGCACACAAACACACACAAACACACAACAAACUCUCUCUCUCUCUCUCUCUCUCUCUCUCUCUCUCUCUCUCUCUCUCGCUCUCUCUCUCACACACACACAUGCACACACUUGUCUUAACUUACUUUUAUUGUAUUUGAAAUUUGUUUCUACCUCUGCCUUUUUUCUAAUUCAAUCUCUCUCUCUCUCUCUCUCUCUCUCUCUCUCUCUCUCUCUCUCAUACAUAACAGGUGAUUAUAAGCUUUUCUUUAUUAAUACUAAGAGAAGAAUUAAAAAUUAUUUUACAUUUAUAUCAUUAUAUUCAGUUGUUAUGUAAGACUUAGUUAUAAUAUUGUAGCCUUAUGUGGUUCAUUUAUAAAAAAAAAAAACAACAAACAAAAAAAAAAAACAAGUUGUAAUGGUGCCUUUGUUGUUUUGUGUUCUGUUAAGCUGUCUUAAAGCUGUCUCGGCCUGGGUGGCCUACUACGGACACAUUCUCUGCCACAGCAUGCAUCCAUAUGAGGGUCUGUAUUUAGUUCGAACAAAGGGGCAAGUAUAAAAAAAGAACAGCUCUGUAGCAGAGAGGCACAUCUGUUAAAUCAAUACAUCAAAUCUUAGCACUGAUAUAAACAACCUGAGAUAAUUAUUUGUUAGUUUAAAAAAUCUGAAAUCUGUGGCAUUCUGCACUGACUAUAGGGUAUCCAAAAUAUAAUAUAUUUAUUUUUUUAUAUUGAGUUGCCUUUUAUAUCUAGCUUUGUUAAUGUUGCUUUGGGGUAUUUUAUGUCACAUAACAACUGUGAGAAUAUUAAUAUCAGAGGAGAUAUAAUUCAGUAUUUUGUCUAGAAUCAUGCAUUGGUCAUAGCCAUCUGUGAACGCUCAGGUCUGUAAGUUUGAUAUUAUCUGCAAGAAUUUGUGAAUAUAUAGAUAUAUUCUGUACAUUUAGGUGAAGGUAAUGGACAGUGGCUGACAUGAUAUCCGUAUGUUUGCCACAGCCACUUAACUUCCUUGAAGUCUCAUCAUGUAGCAUAUCUGACUGAAAUCCAUGAUUUAACCUAAGGGAUAUUUUGCAAUAAUAUGAUGAAUAUAGUUAUACAUCUGCAAUAAUGUAAAUAAAAAAUCCCUGACUUAUAGUUCGCUUCACACUAUGGUUAUGGGUUAAUCGUUCCAUUUGUGGUGUUUUGUUACGUCAGGUUUGUUAACUGCUGUGUAAAGAAGACAUCGUCCUGUCUUUUGCUCGGCUAAAUGUUUGUCUCGACUCAAAUGACUGUAAUAGAUUUAGAAGGUAAUUUAUUCCAGACUUCAUAUUACACCUACUGUAGGGAUCGACUACCAGGCUCACUGUACAGUUAUAUAAAUUUAUUGCUACUAGUUGUAUUGGAAAUAUAAUACACAAAAAUACACAGUAUGUAUAUUAUAUAUGAAUGUACCAAUUCUCUUCAGUGUUACCAUGCACCUUGAAUCAUGUACAGGAAAUUUCGUCUGCAUUCCGUCUUUUAUGUGAAUUAUGGCUUUUAAAGAGACAGUACUGUCUAAGCUAUAGUUUAUAUUCUGUGUAAUCUAUAUUUGUAUAAUGGUAACAAUCAAUAGUAACAAUCUUACUGCUGCUACACCAUUUAUGCCCUAUUCCUCUGUUAGUGAACAAGUAUAAAUCACUCAUAUUGUCAUACAAUGUACAAUCGGAGGGUCAAUACAUGUGUCUAAAUGCGUAUAUACUAAGCUACAUGCUUUCAGUAGACCUCCAGCAACAGCCAUAAUGUAAUGUUUAGUAUACUGUAUUAUUAAAGUGAAAUGUCCUAUUUUUGAGAAA